UUUCACUCCACUCUCUCUCUCCACUGCUGCUCUCUCUCUCUGGUUUUGUAUUUCUCCAUUCCAGCAUUUCUAGAUCUCUACUCUUCCAGUGUUAUUCACACACACAUGUAGCAAAUAAAAUUGCACGUAUUACACACUCAAAGGAAGACAAAGUCGAGGAAUAUCAUUACGAAAACACUAUGGCUGAUAGCACAUUACCACCUGACUUACCUGACCUUGUUAUGCAUCAAAUCAUCCUUCUACUUCCCACUAAACCUGCCAUUCGCAUGAGUUCUCUUUCCAAGCAAUAUGAAGGUAUAUGGUCUGCACUCCGAGUGUUAGAUUUUAAAGAGGGGGAGCUGCCACAUGAUGAUGAUGAUGCCAACGACAAACAUGCAAAAUUUAUCAACAUCUUGGCCAGGUACUUGGCAUUCCGUAAGAAAGACGAGCAGCAACCACUCUUAGAUAAAUUGACUCUUCACAUGAGGUACUUAUUUGGAGAUGAAGAUGCUAUCAUACGUAAGGUGUUGAGUAAUUCACUUGAGAGACAUGUCAAGGAAUUGGACAUAAGCCUCAGAAGUAAACAUCAGGAGCUUGAAUGCUGCUAUUGCUUAUCCUGCAUGGUGCUCAUGAAUGCAAAAAAUUUGACUACUCUGAAUUUGGAAUAUCUGAGGAUUAAGGAAAUUGACAGUGCUGAGACUGAGCCUUUGUGUCCCUCUUUGAAAACUUUGUCCCUCAAGACCGUGCAUUUUGAUGACAAGGCUCUCUUCUACUUAGUUUUGGGGUGCCCUGCUGUGGAGUACUUGUCAUUAACAUCAUGUUCCUUUGACACCCCGGUGCUCCAUGUUUCAAGUUCCAGUCUCAGAUCCUUAGAAGUCAAGAAUUGUGAUGCUGAGCAGAUUGAAGUUGAUAAAGCUACAAAUCUUGAGUCUUUUACAUUUGUUUCAAAGUUUCCUCUCCUUCAGAGUAUAACCUUAAAUGAUACUAUCAACUUGAAUUAUAUCAAAAUCCGUGCUCAGUACCUGACCUACUUUGGAUUAUUUGGAUGCCAAGAUCAUUUGAAUGCUACAGUUAAUACUCCAAGUUUACAUCACCUUGAUAUCCAUGCUCAUCUGACAGCCAAAGUUUCUGUCAAUGCUCCAAACUUAUGGUUGGCCAGCAUCACACUUGAGGAAGAAGAAUUUUCCAACUCUAACUGGUCCUGGAAACAUUUUGCUACUUUCUGUGACUUUCUUAAAGCAUUCUGCUCCAAAAAUAUAAUCCUUGUUAUGCGCGACUUUAAGGCUAUCAUCUUUCCUGACAAUUUCAAAUCAGCGUGCUAUCCACCAUUGCCCAGUACCAAUCGUCUUGACCUCAUAAUGUCUAACCCUCCGACAGAGGAGUCUGAUAUUUCUGACCUGGAGGAGUCCUUGCUUUGGAUGGCUCCUAAUGCAGAGGAGAUGGUAUUUGCACAGUUAGUAUAGAAUGGAGUACCUUAUAUGACUGAAGAAUAGAAAUCUAGUUGGCGUCUCUACAGAAAUCUAAGAUGAGUUGUGCCAUCUUCAUACGCUAAUUUGUUGGCAAACGAGAGUUCUUGUUUAGUUGUAUUUUGUACCUUCUAAUUGGCCUGAAAUUAUUGUAGUUUCAGAGGUAAUGCUGUGCAGCUUGACCAAUUUUUAGGUAAGAGAUAUACUGGGGAGUUCAAUAUGUAUAUCCAUAUUCAACGCUUAUUUUGUCAAGGAGAGAACCAAG